AUGAGUUCCUUUGUUGACUGCCUGGAAGGGGAUGAGAGAGCUGUUGCUGAUAGUGGCUACCGUGGCCACCCUGAGUUUUUUGAUACCCCUUGGAAGCAUCUCGACAAUGAUCAGCAGAGGCGCCGCAAGGCUCUUGCCCGUGCCAGGCAUGAGACUGUGAACAGGCGCUUCAAGAAGUGGGAAGCCCUCCACGGCAUCUGGCGCCACCCACUUCAAAAGCAUGGUGUUGCCUUCCAUGCCGUUGCCAACAUUGAGCAGGUGCUCAUUGAGAAGAAGAGAAAUGUAUUCCAAGUGGAAUACAAUGACCGAAUUGGCAAUGAGUUUGAUUAUUAG